ACCUGAGGAUGCAAGCUGACUACUAGCUGGGCAGUGCCCAGAGACCGCAAAGUCAGGGGCACCGGGCUCAGACCUUCCCGCGCAUCGCAGAACUUUUGUGAACUUCAAACCCUCGUGGGCGAGAUUGCCUGGCCCCGCCCCCUGCUCCCGCUGGUGUGUUAUGUCUGGGCACCGCCUCACUCCGCCUAAGCUCUGCUCUGUCAGAGACUUAGACUUGGAUCAGCCAGAGCAGGCAGCGCAGGCUCGGCAUGCAGGCGCUCAACAUCACCGCGGAGCAGUUCUCCCAGCUGCUGAGCGCGCACAACCUGACUCGGGAGCAGUUCAUUCACCGCUAUGGGCUGCGGCCGCUGGUCUACACUCCAGAGCUGCCCGCGCGCGCUAAACUGGCCUUUGCGCUGGCGGGAGCACUCAUUUUUGCCCUGGCGCUCUUUGGCAACUCUCUGGUGGUCUAUGUGGUGACCCGCAGCAAGGCCAUGCGCACCGUCACCAACAUCUUCAUCUGCUCCCUGGCGCUCAGUGAUCUGCUCAUCGCCUUCUUCUGCAUCCCGGUCACGAUACUCCAGAACAUCUCCGACAAGUGGCGUGGUGGUGCCUUCAUCUGCAAGAUGGUGCCGUUUGUCCAGUCCACUGCCGUGGUGACAGAAAUCCUAACGAUGACCUGCAUUGCUGUUGAGAGGCACCAAGGACUUGUCCAUCCUUUUAAAAUGAAGUGGCAGUACACCAACCGAAGGGCUUUCACAAUCUUGGGUGUGGUCUGGUUGGUGGCCAUCAUCGUGGGAUCACCCAUGUGGCACGUUCAACAACUUGAGAUUAAGUACGACUUCCUAUAUGAGAAAGAACACGUCUGCUGCUUGGAAGAAUGGGCCAGCCCCGCGCACCAGAAAAUCUACACCACCUUCAUUCUUGUCAUCCUCUUCCUCCUGCCCCUGGUGCUGAUGCUGGUCCUCUACGGUAAGAUCGGCUACGAACUCUGGAUCAAGAAGAGAGUUGGAGACAGCUCAGUGCUGCAAGCUAUCCAUGGGAAAGAAAUGUCCAAAAUAGCCAGGAAGAAGAAGCGGGCUGUCAUUAUGAUGGUGACAGUGGUGGCUCUCUUUGCUGCGUGCUGGGCACCUUUCCAUGUUGUUCACAUGAUGGUUGAAUACAGUAAUUUUGAAAAAGAAUAUGAUGAUGUCACAAUCAAGAUGGUUUUUGCUGUAGCACAAACAAUUGGGUUUUUCAACUCCAUCUGUAAUCCCAUUGUGUAUGCAUUUAUGAAUGAAAACUUCAAAAAGAAUUUUUUGUCUGCAGUUUGUUAUUGUCUAAUAAAGGAAACCUUCUCUCCAGCACGGAAGCACAGAAAUUCAGGAAUUUCAAUGACGCAGAAGAGAGCCAAGUUAUCGCGACAACAGUGUCCAGUAGAGGAAACCAAGGGAGAUGCAUUCAGCGACGCCACCUUUGGAGUCAAAGUGUGUGAGCAGCCAGAAGAGAAAAGGCAUCUCAAGCGACAGCUUGCUUUCUUUAGUUCUGAACUUUCUGAAAAUUCAACUUUAGGCAGUGGACAUGAAUUGUAAUGGUAUCUUCAUAAUUAAUAUCAUUUGUAUGGAAAGUUAUUUUGAGCAAAGGUCAAAGACUAUUUUUAAAUGAUGACAAGAAGGGAAACAAGGCAUGUUUUCCACUUAAACUGACAUAAUACAUGAAACUAUAACUUUGAAAAAUAUUAAAACAGCUUUGUAAAUUAAAGCAGAUUUAUUCAAGACAUCAUACAUAAAGCAAUGGUUUUGGCAGCAGUUUUUGUCCAUGUAGUCAAUGCAAUGUGACUUUCCGUGUAUUGCAAAACUGGAUGGAAAUUAUUAAAUUGUAUCAUCAUCUUUGCAUAUUAAAGAGCUGAACACCAUAAUGUAAUUUAUAGCAUACUGUUGAAGUUACGGUAACAAACUUUGCAACUGACAUUUGUGCCAUAAUAAUAAAGGCAAAGACGACGAAGAAUCAGGCAAAUGACAACUAAUAAAACUUAAAAUACAAAUGCCACAUCCUUUAAGCUUCUGUCUCUGUGAUGACAAGUCACCUCAUCUUCUGAAGUCUCUAUUUGUUGCUGCGUGAAUGGAGGGUCACCCCCCUCGCUCACUCGUGGAACAGUCAUGAGGCAAACUGACCAGAAAGGAAGGCACUUUGCAUCCUAAGGACCUCCUAGUCCUGGUCCCACCCCUCCUCUCUCUAUCUCCAUUUUGCUUCUCUGCUUUCCUUUCUGAGACUUAUUCCAGCUCUGCCUCACUCUCCUCUCGUGACUGUUUUGUAACUGGUUUUUCUCAUCAAAAGAAAGGCUGAGUAGCCUCGUUACUUCAUUAGAUAGACAGACAGACAGACAGCUCAGAUCAGAUAUUUCUCUCUUUUGGGUACUUCAUUCUCUCUCACUCGUGAGAUGAAGGACUUUUUGUUAUGUAUUAAGAGGGACUUUCUCAUCAGUUCACUAAUGAAGAAGGACUGAGGCAACUCCAAGCCUGUGAAAUAUUGCUACGUCCAAGGCUGACCUCCAAGCGGUUGGUCAGGAAGAACAGAGCUCCCCACUAGCUCAGCCCCUCCCCCACUCCUGUGUCCCGUGUGUCAAGAAUCCGGCUGCCACUGUAAACACUGUUGCCUUCCCAAUAGAGAAGAUACUCAAAGCCCCACCACAGCCUCGCUGUCUAGAUGUUUCCUCUGCCUCCGGUUUUCAAGCACUCAUUUUCCAUCUGAAGAACUCGGGAUAUUUUAUGACCUAAGCUUUAAGAUUUGGAAGCCAAAGAGCACAAACAUCUUGGGUUCUCUUAGCUACAGGCAUUUUAUUUCACGUGUGUCAAUGAGACACUAUUGAAAAGGAGAGAGGUGAAGCAGGGUGUAGAAUAAUAAAGACAAACCGCAUGACAUGGGAAAAUCAGCCAAGUGAAGAAAGGAAAACAUUGUUUUGUAUGGGUCACUUUGCAAACUGUCACCUUUCUUGUCUAGUUAUACUGUAGUAAGACAGCGAUCACUACCUGACAGAUCCUUAAAAACGGACCUAUGUGCUGAUUUUCGUUAGCUUCACCUAACAGCUCAAUAUUCAUGUGACUUCAGAUAUGACAGUGAAAAGUUGCAUCCUUAUGUACUUAUCCAUAAAUAAAUGAUAAAGUCAAAGUAGAAAACCAGCCCUCAUGGCUCCCAACAGAAGAGGGACCAAAGGGACAACGUUACAUCAACGUGGUCUAUGUUUUCAAGGAGCAUUGAUGGUUAUGUGUGAUGGGUGUGUGUGUGUGUGGCGGGGGAGUUGUUGCCCGCAUGUCUGUGUACCACGUGCAUGUCUGGUGUCCAUGGAAGCCAGAAGAGGGCAUCAGAUCCCCUGAAACUGGAGUACAGACAGGAGCUGCCAUGUGGCUGCUGGAGAAAGAACUGUCACCUGGGUGCUGGGAAUAGCACCUGGGUCCUCUGGAAGAGCAGCCAGUACUCUUGACCACUGAGUCAUUCUUUCUAACUUUUAACUUGAUCGUUACUACUGCCAAGCCUAUAAAAUUCCUUUAUUUAACAUUCCAUUAGGAGCUAAUUUUGCGUUCCAAAUUCACAAAACUAAUCUUCCAACAAUUUUGUUUUAUUGCCCAAAGUUUAGCAUGUAGCCACUUAACUUCAUUGCCUGUAAGAAAGGCAGACUCUAAAUAAAAUGGCGAGAAGUUACAGCUGGGAGUGAAAACAGAGGGAAGGGCUACUGCUUUUCAGGUGUAGCAUUUGGGGGUUUUACAAAGUAUGUUUAAAAAGGACAAUGGGAUACUAUCAUUUGUUCAACUUACUAUUUUUAAUUUUAC